AUGCCGGCCGGGGCCGUGCGCGGCUUCGCGCUGGAGCUGGCGCGGGGCCGCGGGGCGGCGUUCCGCGGCGGCGAGCUGUGCGGCCGGGUGCUGCUGGAGGCGGCGGCGCCGCUGCGCGUGCGGGCGCUCGUGGGCGCGCGCGGCGGGGCGGCCACGCGCUGGCUGGAGGGCCGCAGCGUGGGCGCCAACGCCGUGCCCAGCGACCGCGCGGCCGCCGAGACGUACCUGCGGCGGCGGCAGCUACUGCUGGGAGACACCGGUGAGGCCACGACGCUGCCGCCCGGGCGCCAUGAGUUCCCGUUCAGCUUCCAGCUGCCCCCGACCCUGGUGACCUCGUUCGAAGGCAAACACGGCAGUGUCCGCUACUGCAUCAAGGCCACCCUGCACCGGCCCUGGGUCCCAGCGCGCCGGGCGAAAAAGGUAUUCACCGUCAUCGAGCCCGUGGACAUCAACACGCCUGCCCUGCUGGCUCCCCAAGCCGGCGCUCGGGAGAAGGAGGCGCGGUCGUGGUACUAUAACCAGGGCCUCGUCUCGCUCUCGGCCAAGAUCGAGCGCAAAGGCUACACGCCAGGCGAGGCGAUCCCCAUCUUCGCGGAGAUCGACAACGGGUCCCGGCGCCCGGUGCUGCCGCGCGCCGCCCUGGUGCAGACGCAGACCUUCCUGGCCCGCGGCGCGCGCAAGCAGAAGCGGGCGGUGGUGGCGAGCCUGGCGGGCGAGCCGGUGGCCCCGGGGCGGCGGGCGCUGUGGCGGGGCCGCGCGCUGCGGAUCCCGCCCGUGGGGCCCUCCAUCCUGCGCUGCCGCGUGCUGCACGUGGACUACGCGCUCAAGGUCUGCGUGGACAUCCCCGGCGCGUCCAAGCUGCUCCUGGAGCUGCCGCUGGUCAUCGGCACGGUGCCCUGCAUCCUAUCGGACAGCCCGAUCGUACCGCGUGGGCAGCCACCCAGCGGCCAACGGCCUCCUACGCAAAAGGGCGCCGCGGAAAGCACGUGGGUGGCCAGGAGCACCCGGGAUUCGGGCGAGGGCACCGGCCUGGCCGCUGCAGAGCCCGCCCUUGUCCCCGGCCCCCAAGGCACCCUCUGUGCCCUCACGCCCCGGCUCUCCAUUUCAGCCCCCCCUGAGUACUCGGAGGUGGUGGCCGAGGAGGAGAUGGUGGCCUCCGGGCAGAGCCCCUCCCUGUCCCUGCAGGACCCGGACGUGAGCCUCGAUGGCCCUUUCUUCGCCUUCAUCCAAGAGUUCCGCUACCGCCCGCCGCCCCUGUACUCCGAGGUGAGCUCCCGGCUCUGGGGACCCUGCGACAAGUGUGAGACACACACAGGAGGUGGGGUUCGCUUCGGAGAUGGGGUCUCGCUCUAUUGCCCAGGCUAGAGUGAGUGCAUGGCAUCAGCCUCGCUCACAGCA